UUAACAAAUAAAAGUUAAUUUCUAAGCCGAUAAUACAACAUAAGCAUUACUAUUCUGGAUUAGGGAUUUCGACGCUAAGCUAAAAAAUAUCGAGUAAAAUUUUGAAUGAUUGACAAUUUGACAUUGCCUCACGCAACUGACAGGAUAUCGGAUGUGCCAAAAAAUAUUCCAUUCAUUGAAAUCAAGGCGAAGAUGUAUUCCCCGACGUCUCCGGUUACCUCACGCAGUGGCUAUCUGCGUGGACGCAAGCGCAUAAAUGUGCAUCCCAUAUCGCAGCUGAGCAAAAAACCGAUGUCGGAAAACAACCAGAAGAUCCCAGAUGUGGAUCCAGAGGACUCAAGUAUCGAUCUAGAAAGCUCCAAAUACUCAACGGAGGCGAAACAGUCGACGGAAUUGGAAUCGCAGGGCACUAGCACGGAUAGUGGUCUGGAAACUAGCCAGCACAUCGGCGACGAAUCGCGCCAUUCCCCUCCGAGGACGGCCAAGGAUCCUUUCUAG